AUGGCGCGAAGAGCUCGUUCGAAAUCAAGAGGUCGGUCAACUACGGGCCGAUCGAGAUCCCACUCGAAUCGAACACCCAGGCAGCUUGAUACUCCCGAUUCCUCUCUUCGCACAGCGUCCGAAAAGAGGUCAUCAGCGUAUGAUGCCAACUUCCAACAAGCACUUAUUGAUGUUGGAAUAUACCCUCAGAAUCACCAGGGAUUUCGUGAUCGGCGCCCGCGGAAUCGGGAUGCUAUUAUAGCCAGGCUGGAGAGAAGAAGAGAGUCGAUCUCUGGGCUGGACGAGGACGCCUUUGAUAAUUUUGUGCAAAAAGACCAUGACGCCCGGAGUGAGAAAACCGUGAUGAGCACUGUUUUUCCGAUCAUUCGAGGCUCGGCAGACAUACCAUUCGGAGAAGAGAAGCUCUUUGGAAAUCUGGUCCCGCUCGCAGAACAUCCUUUCACAGGUCGCGUUCCCGACACGCCGCCUUCUGCUUUUGUAUCCUGGUGCAACGGGUAA